GAGAAUCGUUUGUAAGUAGGUUGUGAUGAAUAUCGUCGUUUGUGUUGUCAUGUGUUUGUUGAGUGAAACACUAGGAACCGGAUCGAAAGGAGUUACCAGUCCUCCUAAGGUUACAGAUACGAAUUGUCUUGAUCUCGAGGACGGCAACCUGAGAAAGUUUUGUUUUCGCUCGUCCAUCCUGACGAGAGCGAAAGACAAUCAAACUUGCUCGACGCGAUUUCUCUAUUGGACGAAUGGAAGUACACUGUUGCAGACGGCAACAGAACGAAGUGUUGCUCGUACGGCUCUUGUUACCUUUGAUUCGACUCGCGCUGGUCAAGACACGUACUACAUUAAGACCAUGGCUGGCUUUCUGGGGCUAGACUCGAAUGGAAACCUCAUCCAUGAGAGACAAGCUGCUACACAGUUUCUAGUGACCGUCGCUCGAUGUGAAGUAGAUACUUCUGUCAGUCUACACCGUUCAGCAAACCAUUGCAAGUUAAUAAUGUGCGGUCGCCGUUUGGGUGAUGCGCAUGCGUUCCUCCUUGCUUUUCCCGCCAGUGGAGCUGACGCUGUCGUCAUACCUAAUCGUAAAGUAUGUCGAGGGCGAAAGCAUUUUAUGGCCGCUGUGAACAGGACGGAGCGUGUCGAAGGAGGAACUCUCGAUCACUUCUACUCGGACAAACGCUAUCACUUCGAGCGUGUCGCCCCAAGCGAUCAGCCUUUGUGGUUUGACGAAGACGUGCGAUGCAACUGUCGAUUGUAUUGCUUCUAGAUAAAUUAACUCGUAGUGUAGACGCUGCAUGCUAGAUCCUAGAUGCUACUAGAGCUAAUUAGAGUACAUGCGAGCUUGCUGACAUGUUCUAGAGGUAUAAGCCUCUAGAGAGCAGUGUACGCGGUACAUUUGAUUCAUCUUCAUUUUGUUGACGA